AUGACUACUGAUACAGUCCACCCCCCAUUACCGAGCCAGGACAGUGACAAAGCUCCAAGCAAGAAGAGAAAGCGAAGGACUCUGCAAUAUGUUUCGAGACAUUUCGUCCAGCCGCAAGCUGGAGUGAAGAGUGAAAGGCGCAGCACCAAGAGGCGCAAACUCGAGGACGACAAAGAGAACGACAAAAGUGACGGCCAGGAAAACCAGGUCGCUCCCGUGGUGCGAAAAAGCAAAGCCGACUUGAAGAGAGAAGAGAGCGUGCCUGCAGUGCACAAGUCAGAGGAUGACGAUCACAUUGAUACCACAGCAGCUCGACGCGACUCAGUCACGCCUCGUAAAUACAAUGAAUCGAAAGCUAAACCUCGAAAGAAGACGAAAACGCAGGUGAAGGCACAACAUAUUGAGGAGGAAGAGCAACUGCCAAAUGAGCCAGCUACAGUACACGAUUCGAUGAGCACCGUGGAUGCUGCCAAACUGGUCCCGUGGCAGCAGGUUCUCGCUGCAUUGCCCGAAGAACGCCAGUCCGCUUUCCAGAACAUACUAUGCGGUAUAGAAUUCGAGGACUCAGACCUGACCGAUGUUCCCGAAGACAUUGGCCCUGACCCAUUCGCACUAGCAGAAACGGAAAGGAAAUCCAAGAAGUCCAAAGCAAAAAAGGUAAAAACUAAGCCCGAGCUUGUCGCUAUCAAGGAAGAGAAGCGUACACCUCCAGCGAAAGCAAAACCAAGAUCAGGACUAACGAAGUCACCUUACUUCCCUCACCCUCACAAACAAAGAGAUCACUUCCUAAGCACAUUACCAUUUCCACCCCUCCACCUCGAACGCUUCGGCCUCAUGCAAGAACGACUCUGCCACGACCCCUUCCGUCUCCUGCUCGCCACAAUCUUCCUGAACAAAACGCCCGGAGCCCGAGCCAUGCCCAUCUUCUACAAGCUAAUGGAGAAGUAUCCUACGCCUGAGAAGCUCGCGCAAGCGAGGCAAGCAGACGUUACGGAGAUCAUUCGCGAGCUUGGAUUUCAGAAUCAGAGGGCAGCAAAGUGUAUAGCUAUGUCAGCGAAGUGGGUCGAGGAUCCGCCUGUGAAAGGACGGAGAUGGAGGAAGCUUGGGUAUCCCGCCAAGGGUGACGGAAAGGAUGUGAAAGCUGAUGAAGCGAUCGACGAUACGGAUCCCCGAGUGGCUUGGGAAAUCAGUCAUCUGCCUGGACUGGGACCUUAUAGCCACGAUAGCUGGCGUAUGUUCUGUAGAGAUGAACUGCGUGGUCUGGCUACUGCCUAUGAUGGUGAAGGAGCUGAGAUGCAUGGUAAUGUACCGUUUGAGCCCGAGUGGAAACGGGUGCUGCCUAUGGAUAAAGAACUGCGUGCAUGGAUGACGUGGAUGUGGUGCAAGGAAGGGUUUGUGUGGGACAAGAUCACGGGAGAAAAGACGAAGGCUAGUGAAGAGCUGAUGAAGCUUGCUAGGGCUGAGGGUAAUGUCCUGCUGGAGUCUGAGGCCAGCACUUUGCAAGUGAAAUCGCUUGACGAGGAUAAGCCUACGCCGUUGAAGCUGGAUUCGAAGGCUAAGAGCAGGAUUAACGUGGAAGUGCCAGCUGGCGAGUUUAUACCUUCGCCUGGCUAG